UCGAUCAAGUCAGUAAUCCAAAAAUUUGACCCACCGAAAAUGGAAAACAUUCUACCCAGACGAGAGAUUCUUUAUUGAUUUACUUUUUUACCCUCAAUUUAUUCCCCUCUUCAUCCAAAAUCUUGCUCGACAGACUUGUCAAUUUUAGAAAGUUAACCGAGAAGUAUCUAUUUCUUUCUUCUCAUAUUCAAACAGCGGUUGUGGAACUGGAGAAUGCGCCGUCGGCCUGAGCGUGGUCUGGUUAUAGAUUCCGGCGACAUAGAGUGGCCAGUGGGCUUCAUCAAAUACAGAGACCAAAACAAUGCUAGCAACAAGAAUGAACUCUCGUUUCUGCCAACAUCUCUAUCGCCAUAAGUCAUCAUUCUUAGCUAUUUAUUAUUCCAAUUUUUCACCUCAUGUCCCAUUGAAACGCAUCCAGAAAAGUAAAAAGGGCGAUAAAUUUCUUGUUUAUUGCAAUUCCCUCAUCAUGAAACACGGUAUGGACGGCAAUAUUGAAGCAUCCGAGUCAAUAUUCAACCGCAUGCCGCACAAGAACAUAAUAUCUCACACUUCCAUGCUAACUGUGUAUGCCAACAAUGGCCAAAUUGCGAAAGCACGGAAACUGUUUGAUGAAAUUCCCGAGCGAAGCACAGCUUCAUAUAAUGCUAUGAUUACCGCAUAUAUAAGGAACAGCUGUAUGGUAGAUGAGGCAUUUAGUUUGUUUUCUCGGAUAAACGAGAGGAAUGCGGUUUCUUAUGGGGCCAUGAUAACUGGAUUUCUUCUGGCGGGAAUGUUUGAUAAGGCAGAGAAGUUGUACGGCGAGAUGCCGGUUAAGUGGCGGGAUCCGGUUUGCUCCAAUGCAAUGAUUAAUGGGCUCUUGAAGGCCGGGAAAUUGGUAGAGGCGAUUCGAGUGUUUGAGGGAAUGAUGGAUAAAGAUGUUGUUUCUUGGAGCUCUAUGGUUGACGGAUAUUGCAAGAAGGGAAGGAUUGUUGAGGCUAGAGGGUUGUUUGAUAGUAUGCCGAUGAGAAAUGUGGUUGCUUGGACAGCUAUGAUUGAUGGGUAUAUGAACGCGGGGUCUUUUGAAGAAGGGUGGAGCUUGUUUUUGAGUAUGAGAAGUGAAGGAGUUGGUGCAGUUAAUUCUACUACCUUGACUGUAAUGUUUGAAGCUUGUGGCCAUUUUGGAAGAUACAGAGAAGGGAUACAAGUGCAUGGUUUGGUUUUGCGCAUGGGAUUUGUGUUCGACAUCUUUUUGGGAAAUUCUAUCAUCACAAUGUAUUGUAGGUUUGGCUACAUGGCUGAAGCAAACAGAAUAUUUCAGAUGAUGAACAAAAAAGACGUGGUUUCUUGGAAUUCAUUAAUUGCUGGUUAUAUUCAACAUGAUGAAGUUGAGGAAGCUUUUAGAUUAUUUGAGGAGAUGCCAGGAAAAGAUGUGGUUUCUUGGACGACUGUGAUUGCAGGAUUUUCUGCUGUAGGAAGGGUUGAGAAAGCCAUCCAAUUGUUUAAAAUGAUGCCUGAGAAAGAUGAUGUAGCUUGGACAGCAUUGAUUUCUGGUUUUGUGAAUAAUGGGGACUAUGAGGAGGCUUUUCAUUGGUUUUUUGAGAUGCUUAAAGGAGCAGUCAAGCCAAACUCACUGACUAUAAGUAGCCUGCUUAGCGCUUCAGCUGGUUUGGCAACACUAAACCAAGGGUCGCAGAUCCAUGCCCAUGUAUUGAAGACGGAUAUGCAAUUUGAUUUGUCUAUUCAGAAUUCACUGGUUUCAAUGUACUCAAAAUGUGGAAGUGUCGCUGAAGCUUACCAGGUCUUUACAAGUAUCGGUGCACCCAAUCUUAUUUCUUUCAACUCGAUGAUAACUGGGCUUAGCCAAAAUGGGUAUGGCAAAGAAGCUCUUCAUUUAUUUAGCAAAAUGCAGGAAGAAGGUUGGGAACCUAAUGAAAUAACGUUUCUUGGUAUUCUAUCAGCCUGUACUCAUGUAGGAUUAGUAGAAGAAGGAUGGAAGUAUUUUAAUUUGAUGAAAUACGUCUAUAAAUUUGAACCAUGGCUAGAUCACUAUGCAUGCAUGGUUGAUCUCCUUGGCCGAGCUGGAUUGCUGGAUGAAGCAAUUAAUUUAAUCCACUCAAUGCCUUUUGAGCCCCAUGCUGGGGUUUGGGGAGCUCUUCUAGGUGCUAGCAGGAUUCACUUUCGUGUUGACCUGGCAAAGCUUGCUGCCCAACACCUUAUGAAAUUGGAACCUAAUAGUGCAACCCCUUAUGUUGUAUUAUCUGAUCUGUAUAAUAAUGUUGGAAAAAAGAAGGACGGAGACCGAGUAAGAAUGGCAAAAGAAUCCAAAGGAAUCAAGAAGAGUCCAGGUUGCAGCUGGAUUAUAAUGAAGGGCAAUGUUCAUUUAUUUCUUGCUGGAGAUCAAUCCCACAUAGAUAUGGAAGAGAUAAAACUUACACUACGUUCAAUUAGAAGGGAAAUGAGUGGUUCGGAUUUCCAUGACAACUGACAUAAAAAUCAAUUCCUGUGAUUCAGCUUAUAUUGUUUGUGCUUUCCUUCUUAUAGUAGUUAGACAAUGAAAGGUCAGGGCAUGCAACAAGACUUGUAAGCUGGGAUGAGAAGGCUGAAUCCUAAGUGAGACUAUAAACAUGUCGAACUUCAGCUGGGUAAAGAGCGAGGGGAGAUUAGAAAAGAUUGAAAUAUAGAAUAACAUAAAAAACCAAUAUGGGAGUUCACCCCUAUGACUUCUGUUAAAUUGAGUGUGGAUGUGGAUGAUACUUGGUGCUCUUUCAACAAAGUCUUGAGAAAUGUUUGGUGCAGUAAUUAGAAACAGGAAAAAGAAGAUUUUACUGAUCGACAAUUUGGGAGUAUGGGUCGGAAGAAACUUAGUUUGCUAUGCUUUGGUCUCUGAUCCUACAGAUUUUUGCUUUAGUAUUUCUGCUUCCACUUAGCUAAUGGCUAUAAAUAUGAUAAGCCAUGUAUCUGAUUGAGAGAAUUCCUUGUAAAUAUGGAGGAAUGUAGUUCUCUGUCCUUGAUAGAGAUCUUCUAACAAAAAAUCUUGAAGAUGCUAGGAGUUCCAUUCUCUGGAUUUUUCUCAGGUGCGUGGUGCUAUUGUUUGUUUCCCUUGGAAUUUUUUGUUCUGCAUUAGAUGUUCUAAAGACGAGCCAUUUAAAGCUAAGUUCUUUGCUUUAUUUAUAAAAAUGAUGAUUUUCCACAUA